UGCUCUCUCCGGCUGGAGGAAUGCGGAACCUUCCCCCGUGCAAAGAAGACGGGCUGCUACCGCUUGCAAGGGAGAUGCUGAAAGGCGAGGAGGGACGGGGAGGGACGCCACGCUCCCCUCUCCCCCACCCCUAAGGGCUGCUGCCAGUCGCGCGGGGGGGGGGCGUCCUACAUGAAGCAGCCCCCUCCCCGAAAUCGUCAACCCUGCCCUCUCCUCCCUCCCUCCCUCCCUCCCGCCACCCCCCAGCUCAGCUUGUAAACCUCUCCCUGGUUGGCAGCGGAGCUCUGCUAUGAAGAUCGCUUAGGGCAGAGUGGGCGCUGCUUCUCCCCCCACCCAACACCUGCCCCCCACCCGCAACGAGCGCCCCCAUGGCGAAGGAGAAAAAUAAGAAGGCUCUGCUGGAACUGCUCCGGAGGGAGGGCAACGACGUGUGUGCGGAUUGCGAUGCGCCCGAUCCAGACUGGGCAUCUCAUACUUUAGGAGUGUUCAUCUGCUUAAAUUGUUCAGGAAUCCACCGCAACAUCCCACAUGCCAGCAAAGUGAAAUCUGUCCGUUUAGAUGAAUGGGACAAUGUGCAAGUUGAGCUGAUGGCUUCUAGCGGAAACAGUGUGUCGAAAGCAAAAUACGAAUCGAAAAUUCCACCAUUUUAUUACAAGCCAACUUUUUCGGACUGCCUGCUGCUACGGGAACAAUGGAUCAGAGCCAAAUAUGAAAGGAAAGAGUUCAUUUACAUUGAGAAGCAGGAGCCUUACUCUGCAGGGUACCGGGAAGGAUUUCUCUGGAAGAGGGGCCGUGACAACGGGCAGUUCUUGAGCAGGAAAUUCGUGCUUUCAGAACGGGAAGGUGCCCUGAAGUAUUACAACAAAAAUGACGCAAAAGAACCCAAAGCAAUCAUGAAGAUUGAGCACCUGAACGCCACUUUCCAGCCUGCCAAAAUCGGGAACCCGCAUGGGCUGCAAAUCACGUACUUGAAAGACAACAGCACAAGGAACAUCUUUGUUUACCAUGAAGAUGGCAAGGAAAUGGUGGACUGGUUCAACGCUAUUCGCGCCGCUCGAUUCCAUUACUUACAAGUGGCAUUCCCUGGAGCGAGCGAUGUUGAUCUGGUGCCAAAGCUUUCUAGGAACUACUUGAGGGAAGGAUACAUGGAAAAAACUGGGCCAAAGCAAACUGAAGGCUUCAAGAAGCGGUGGUUCACCAUGGAUGACAGAAGACUAAUGUAUUUCAAAGAUCCCCUGGAUGCCUUCGCCAGGGGGGAAGUCUUUAUUGGAAGCAAAGAAAACAGCUACAAGGUCUUGGAAGGGCUCCCGCCGUCCAUCCAGGGGAACCACUGGCAACAUGGAAUCACCAUUGUGACUCCAGACAGGAAGUUCCUUUUUGCCUGCGAGACGGAAAGCGACCAGCUGGAGUGGAUCGCAGCUUUCCAGAAAGUGAUCAGCAGGCCAAUGCUUCCGCAGGAAUAUGCAGUGGAAGCCCAUUUCAAGCAUAAACCAUAGUAGUAUCAUGCUGGAGAGAAAGAAGGAAGGAGAAUCUGUUUACAACCCAAUAACAUUGUUUGUUCCUUGCAAUGUGAGCAACGACAACAUAUUCAGCGAAUCACGUCGGACUAGCAAGGUGGGAGGUGCUAUAACAGUGGCCUCUGGGCCGGUGACAACAGUGUUGUGGGGCCAAAGCAGACACUUUUUUUUAAAAAAAAAUACAUAUGAAAAGUUGCAUUUCCGAAGCUGGAGGUGAUGAUGCGUUUCUUAACAUCUCAGGCUGUGUGAAACACUUCCUUCGGGGACAUUGUCCUUGAACAUGUGACAUGCUGCCUUCGGCAAGAGGCUCAUUUGGAAAAAUACCCGCACAGUCUACUCCCUCCCUAAGCAGUAAUGGUGGCCCACGUUCUUAAAGGGUCUAAACAUCUCCAGCGGCCAAGGAUGUCUUUUUCAGAGGAUGGCAGCCGUUUGCUUGACAUAUACCGAGAAAACACCCAGGAAAGGGUGUCAUGCGUUAUGCUUAAACCCACUAGAAAGAAUCAUCACAAAGCCCAGAAGCACUGUGCACACCGCAAGACAACCGCCGGCUGGUCACCGCAUCCCGCGAAGCCUCACUUCAUACAACUGUUUGACUAAACGUUUAUGUGCAUUGGUCUGUGGUUCGCCUAUCGCCUUGUGAUGCUGCAGGUCUAAGCAGCAGGCCCACCUCUGCUGGACGAAAUGGCUUUGGUCAUGGCGUGUGGCAGCGGAGGCUCGUGAGGGGGAAGGCAGAGAAAGUGGCGCUCCCCCACCAGCGUGCUUGUCAUGAGAGGUGAGGUGCUGGCAGUGAGGUCACCACCAAUCUGAAGCUCCUUUGAUAGGGAGCGCACCACCGCUCAGAUACAACUCCCUCUGUCCCUCCUCACUCUCCGAGCAACCACUGGUGUUUAGGCAUUCACAGAGCAUUCAAAUGGAAGAUGGUUGUUCCAAGCCAUGCAGCCUGGUGUAGUUCUGGGCUGAGGCAGGCAACUUGGUGCCAAGUUAAAAAGUCCCUUCCCUAAUUUCACCCCCCACCCAAUACGCAAAGAGGGGGGGAAGUUUAUCUGUCGUGGCAAUUGUGCUUGCAGCUCCAAGUGUGUGUCUUUUUCUUUGCUCUUUUCGACCUACUGGGCUUCAGCGCGAUGACCGGAAAUCUGGUCCCUGUUCUGCUGAUGAUUCCAUUUGUUGACAUGAUCUUGUGAUGAAGCCAUUUCGGAGUGAGGGUGAUGGCUCCUGACCUCACUCUUGAUGGACUCACGGGAGUGCAACUGAUAAUGUUGGCACCAUCACAAGAAAAGUGGUGGAAGCCGUGGAAAAGGUAGAGAAAGCCUUUCUUAAAUGAAACUUUUCACACUCCUCCUCAGCUCCAACAAAACUGGUCCACCAGAGAGGCUCUAUAGAAUCUGUUUUGCUACCUCCCUGAGGUUAUUGAUGUAGGCCAAAAAAUGUGGCUACGUAUAUUUAUUUUUUACUUGGGAGGCCACAGAUUGAGCAGGCCCAGCCAGAGGCGUGGUGAUCAGACCUAACUUUCCGAGUCCAAAAUGUGUUGUGACUUUCUUCUGAUUUUCAUUAACAAAGGGAGCCAUUCGUUGUAAAAAUUAACAGGAAAACGUCUUCCACAUAAGCUCAUUGUUAACAUCAUGGGAUUCUCAGCUGCACUUUUGCUACCGAGCUGAAAUAUAUUCAGUCCUUUCAAAGUGUGCCCGCAUACACACUUUAUUCCUGAAAACGGCUGAAUGGCUUUGUGUGACUGGUGUGGUUUUGAGAUAAAAAUUAGUAUGUGGGAAACCCGGGCACAAAUCGGCAAGCUAAGCACUUUUAAGGCUGCAAUCCUGUGCGCUGCUUGGGAAUGGGAGUAUCACAGUGGGCAUGACACCUGUUGUGCAUGCAGGCUUCAGGUUCAAUCCCCACUUCUCCAAUUAGGGCUGGGAAAGUCUCUUACCUGAAACUCUGGAGAGCCAUUGCCAGUCAGUGAAGCCAAUACCGAAUGAGGUACCUUUGGUCUGACUUGGCAUAAGCCAGCUUCCUAUCAGUGCAGUGGGAUUUUCUGGGGUUGGCCUGCAUCACCCGUUGGUUUCAACGAAGCUUAAGCACAUGCUUAAAUAUCUCCCACUGGAUUCCAUAGGUCUUGAAACUGGCUGGGCCAUACCUGUGCAUUGGUAUGGCCAGGUGGAUAUCGCACUUGUCCCGUCCAUGGAAGAGAAUGGAAGAACCUUGUGUGCACGAGUGUGCGCACAGGGUUCUCUGGACAAAGUUCCUUCUGGGCUGCUAAAUUGUAACUUGAGAAGUGGCCUUAACAAAAAAAAAAGCACACUGCUCUGAGAAAACGGUGGGGUAAUCGAGCCCCAAAUUUGCCUGCAGGAUGGGGAAUCUGCCUGUGAUGUUAAUAACAGAUAGACCCUUUGACAAAACAAAGGGUCUUCAUAUGGCCAAUCUGAGACAAUUCCUGGCUAAGCAAAAGCCCUUGCAGAAAGUUUCAUGUCACACCAUAAUCCUGCAACCUUGGCAUUAUCAGGAGGUGGGCUAAAGUCCCUGAAACUCAUGCCACAAUAAGAUGUGACACAAAGCAAAUCUCUAAUUUUGCUGCAACUGACUUAACUACUCCCCCCCCACUUGUAAAUUGAUCUGGCUCUAAUUAAGUGCAGUUUGUCACAUAACCAGGGUCCUCUGGUGGGAAUGUAUGUUUGCAUAGCCCUAACCCCCCACCCAACCCUUCCCAACACAAGUUCAAUAGGCCCAGCUGAUCAUUGCAAUAUGGAUGAAUGAAUUCAGAAUGAGCACCCCAUGAGCUUCCAGAGACAGACUUCCCUUGCUGGAUCAGGGUGAAAGUGUGCUACUUGCUCAAGCGUGCAUCUUUGCAAUCUUACCCCAGGCCAGCCCUACCAUUUGACAAAGUGGGCAGCAAAAGCUGGGAGGACACAGCUGGGUGGUUCUCAAACAGCCUUCUUUGCUGCCUUCUGGUAUGGUGGAGGAAGCUCUCUUUGCCGCCAGUGUUGAAUUAACGUUCACUUGCCAAUCAGUUCAGUAUCUGUACGUGAAUAGCGGGGCUGGAAGACACCACUGCCUCCUUUGUCUCGGGCAGCAAAAACGUCUUGGUCCAGCACCGAUCUACCCAUCCCUGCACUGAAGCUUGUCCCAGUCUUGUACUGGGUUUGUAUCCUUUUCAUGCUGAUGAGCAGAAUGGAGCUGGUCCUCAGGGCAUUACCUGUUUUGGGCCCAGACUCUGCAGUGCCACUGCCUCAUUCAGGGAAAGCCAGAAAAAUCCUGCAGGGUGUCCACUGAAACGAGCGGCACGUGGGCAAGAGCAACGGACAGAACAUCCCUGUUGGUUUCCACCCAGGGCUGACUUAACAGCAGCUUGCUGGCAGCUGGGUGGGAGAUAUGGAAGUGAAAUGGUUCUGUACCCAAGAGAUUCCUAUACAGUGGAACCUCGGUUUGUGAACACCUCGGUUUAUGAAUUUUCGGUUUACGAACGCCGCGGACCCAUCUGGAACGGAUUAAUCCACUUUCCAUUACUUUCAAUGGGAAAGUUCGCUUCAGUUUAUGAACGCUUCAGUUUAUGAACAGACUUCCGGAACCAAUUGUGUUCAUAAACCGAGGUACUACUGUAGAAGACUGAAAGGGCCAUUUCCCAGACUCAGCAUGCAGCUUCUUUGGG